GCGGUUCGCAGUCGAGUGAAAGAUUUCGUUGCGUGCGGAAGCAAGUAACCUGUUCUCUGCGGAUCCUCUCCAGUGGUGGAAUAAUCAGCGGUUUGAUUUUCAGGACUUUCAACUGUGAGUUAGGGGGAUAGUUUCCCGUUUUGUAAAUUGGAAGAAUUGGUGUGAGUGAAUCAAGAAAUGAAAAAGGAGUUUUUUUCCGAGUGACAUGUGAAUCGAACUGCGAACUUGGUAAGGCUUGGAAUUCAAAUCUCAACCGACAUACGAAAUGAAUAUUCAUAAGUGAGCUGGCGAACCACGGCAAAACGGAAAAAUCUCAGUGACUGAAAUCGACUACUGCCAGGCAAGCAGCGUCGGAUCGAGCGUCGUCCGUUGGUGACUGAAAGUGAAACAUAACCUUUACCGGACGGGUUCGCGUACGAGUGAGCGAGUAGUGUUUUGGUGCCAGAAAGAGCAAAACGGUUGUUGGUAGUCAAUGUGAUUUUCGCGCGAUCAACGAUCUUGCGGAGGGACGGAUUAGCGUUCGAAGACACGUUCAGAAAACCGGCAAAUCGCGGCUGUCGUUGCCGUUAUCCUAAAGCCUGCUGGAAAACUGCUCGGCAAUUGGUCUGACUAUAAAUAAACUUGUGCCAAGAUUGAUCCUUCAAAUCGAUGUCGCAAGUAUCGUUAGCAUCGUUGGCCAGCUGGAAUAAUUGAUAAGACUUCGAUGUCCAUAAAAAUCAUUUAUUGUGAGAGUUACCAUUAUAACGAAUGUAUACUGAAAUCUGAUCUGACAUACAAUGAACCUUAUCAUUGCAAAUGUCAAGGACAAGGAUAUUUGAAAAGAACAUAUCUCGCCUGCAGACGAUCGCAGACAAGUAAUUCAACCACGAUUCAAAGUGUUUUGAAAAAAUGGACGAAUCUACGUCGUCCAACACCGACAAUAUGACCGGUGACGGUUACGCGUUCCGGAACGAAAUAUCGCUCUCCAUCGGGGACGAAGAUCACAACUCGGGUACCAACAGUACGGCUAUUCCGACACCAUCGCCGCGGCACAUCGAAGUGCCGGUGCCAAUGGAUGACAGUGAGUACACAUCGUUGAAGGACGGUAAACAAGACGGCAGCAAAAUGAACGGACUGGAUAAUCCGGCUUUUGAACCGGAGAAAGAAAAACGACCGCUCAGUUCGUUCGGGCAUUCCGGGGAGAAAUCCAUCGGUGCCAGUUCAACCAACGGAAAAUCCAUCAGCGAGAAACCAAUGGCGGAGGCGGUCAAUCUGGAGCUGCUGAACAUGUCCAAACCAACUAACGGACACCAGAACGGAGCUGAAGCAUUACCUGUUAAAAAAGAUACGGAGGUGGACAUUGGAGAUCCUUAUGAUGAGUACUUUGUUCCCGUAAACGAACACCGGAAAUACAUGAGCGUUUCGUUCCAAAAACCACGCCAGCAGGGGUACAUUCAUCAUGACCACGGUGUAGACUUCACCGGUCACUCGAUCAAUGAACCGGCACACGGAACCGUGGACUAUAAACAGUGGACCAAGAUCACGAGAGGCGAGAAACUCUAUGUAACCAAGGAUAAACGAGACAAGAAAAAGAAGAACUGGCUUUGUUGGCUACUCGGACUGGGAGUGCUACUAGCCGUGAUCAUCAUUGCCAUUCUUGCCGGAUCCGGUGUGAUAUUUAACGAAAGUCCAACGCCCGUCGAACCACGAAACUUCGCCGACAACAUUGCCUCGGCCGGAGUGUUCGGAGCGGGCGCUGCAAACCGAAGUACGACAACGCAGUACCCUAUUACGGCGGCACCUCCCGGUUCCACGGUUCCACCAGUUCCACCGACCACGGAGGAGAAUAUUGUGUACGUUCCGAAUACCGUUGAGAGCCAGAUAACGCUGAUCAAUUUGGAGUUUUUGGAUGACUACCGGGAUCCGAACAGUUCGGCGUACAAAGUGUUGACGGCCGAGCUUGAAGAUGAGAUUCGCGAUAGUUUGAGUGUGGCUGGGUCUCGCGACGAACUGUUUGUCAAGAUUAUGAGUUUGAAACCUGGAUCAGUGGUAGUCGACUAUCGUGUCAGCUGGGAUAACGCUAGCUCAACGUUGAAUGUCGAUACGAUGAAGAACAGACUGACAGAUUUCCUGUCGCGAAAUCAGAACUAUUUGUCCACCUACAUAGUUCCAGUAAAUACUAUACGCGUUGCCAGACUACCGGAUAUGUGCUAUUCUGGACCUUCGGAAAUGAACUGUGAGUUCGCCUGUAAGUUCAACGCUCGACUGGGUGACUUUGUUUGCAUAUGCCCAGUCGGAAUGCAUUUGAACAACGACGAUGGCAAAACUUGCUACACUGCCGUUACACGAGGUCAGAAUGAGCCGGAACCUGCGAGUGAACCGGAACCAGCGAGUGAACCGGAACCUGAACCAGCAAGUGAACCUUCAAGUUCUGCAGAACCCGCAAGUGAACCGGAACCUUCAAGUUCUCCGGAACCAGAACCAUCAGGUGAACCAGAGCCUUCAUCGGAGCCGGCUCCGUCUAGCUCUCCCGAACCAUCAAGUAGUCCAGAACCAGCUAGCGAGCCGGAGCCGGCAAGUGAACCGGAACCAGCUAGCGAGCCGGAGCCUGCCAGUGAACCAGAACCAUCCAGCUCACCAGAACCGGAACCAUCCAGUGAGCCUGAGCCAUCUGGUGAGCCAGAAAGCUCGCACGCAUCUUCCACCACUGCCAAAUAUGUGACUGAAGCUGGUGUUUCCGGAAAAUUUUUGAAGGAACCAACUCCAGAACCUUCUGGUAAACCAGAACCGGAACCAACAAGUAAACCUGAACCGGCCAGUGAACCUGAACCGGCUAGUGAACCUGAACCGGCCAGUGAACCUGAACCGGCCAGUGAACCUGAGCCGACCAGUGAACCCGAACCGGCAAGUGAACCGGAACCCAAAAGUGAACCCGAACCGACCAACGAACCCAAGGCAUCCGCUGAACUCGUGAAGUCCUCUUCUAAUCAAUCAGCCAAACUACGAGUUGCGGACAGUCCGUCAUCUAGUCCAGAACCAGAACCGGCAAGCGAACCCGAACCCACUAGCGAACCGGAGCCCAGCAGUGAACCGGAACCAUCCGGUGAACCGAAUCCCAAGAGCGAAGUGGAAAAAAUUAGCGCCGUAAGCUCCGACUCGACAAUCAGUGAACGACCGGGCCUUGGCGGAACUAGUUCCACCGAGAAUAGUCUGGGUAAACUGCAGUCCACCACCGAAUACCGAAUUGUCCAGACAACCGACGAUCACACGAUGCCCGACUUCAUGAUCGUCGAUGAAGAUGCUACGAAGCACGCCAUCAGUUUGGGAACGUUUUCAUCAACAUCACCCAAAACUGCUGCUGAAACGCCUGCUCCCGUAACCGAAAUGAUUGUGGACGACACUCCGCAACCGGCGGUUGGAACCUUUCUGAUUGCUGCUAGAACUACCAAAGCCCCGAGCCGUGAGUCUAUGAACGUGUUCGAUGCCCGCUCAUUGGAUAGCAAUGCAACGGAAAAUACCUCCAGUUCGGUAUAUGCAACAUCUAGUCCAAUCCAGCUAGAACAAUGGCGUUCGUCAACUAGCUUCUCCACUUCGACCGAAGCUCUGAAAGAACAGGACGAGGAUAUGUCUCCGUUUUUACCCAAAAUUGAGUCGUCCAGUGUAAGAAAUCGAGCCACGUAUGCCGUCACCGAAAUGAUCGUUGAAUCGGAAACCGCACCAUCGAUUUUAACUCAUGCGGAUCAAUCGCCAUUCCUGCCAGAAAUUGAAAACAAUGCUAGCUUGGUGAACUUGUUGCACGAAGGAUUGGAUCGUCAGGAUGGAUUUGAAAAUGAAUCACAACAGCAGUACCUCGAGGUGUUACCGCUGUCGAAGGAAAGUGAUCGUAAUGAUUACAAGAAACAGCUGAAUGGUGCAGUGACGAAAACGGUUUAUGUGGCGACCACUAUCCGGACGUAUAUUCCCACUACGGCAUCCGAAGAGGAUCUGAUAACGGCUGCCAGUUCACGGAAUAUUGUAGAACAAACGACGAACAGUGGAGAGGAAGUUACGGGCGGUGAUAACGAGAAAGAAAUGGAAGUGACUACCCUGAGACGGAUGAGCACAGCUACGAGAAGGGAAGAUACUCUGCUCGACGAAGCAACCACCGAACACCUUGGUGAAAAACCAACAACUGUAGUCGUGAUGGAAGAGAUUAGCUCUUCGCCAAAACUUGAGCUUGUUGAAGAUAUCAACACCACCUUGCAAGACAUAGAGGAACCGACAACUGCCAAGCUUUCGGAGGACGGUAAAACUCUUCCAAAACAGGAAAUCGAAGAAAUUGCCUCCAACGGAGCAACAAACCAGUCUACAACCAGAGCGAACGAUCAGUUGGAAAGCGCAACGACGAUGCGAGCUUCGGUCAAUUCGACAUCCGCUAAGUUAGAACUGACAGAAGAGCGUGAAACUACCACCACUUCCGAGGUUGAUGAAUUGACAGAAGCAGCGGUAACGCAAGCCAAAAUUGCCGCCGAAUCAACAACAGAGAAGGAGAUAGAGGAAACUACUGUUCAUGAUUCAACGAAGACAGCGUCAUCAUCGACCACGGAGUCUGUAGCCAGUGGUAAAUUGACACAAACCGUUGCAAACACUUCGGUGGAAACCAAAGAACCACUUCCAACGUCAACUGUCAAGAAUCUACCAGAUGUAACAGAAUCGACCAAUUCCGUAUCGACUCCGGACGUCACUAAGAAUGACGUUUACGAUCGACCGUUCCAAGACUUGGAAGAGAACAACGAUAUAUCGGAAAAUGAUCUGAAAGUUUUGCCACUAGGGAAGAAACCACCUCCUCCGGGUUCGACCACAAAGCAGAACACAGCCGCCGGCCAGGAUUCCACUUUCGAAACCACUACCGGUCAUUUUUUAGGCGAAACGACGUUUCAUUUGAUUAGAUCAGAACGAUCGAAUGAAACGUCGUUAAUCGUGACGAGAAACUCUGAAGAACAGGACGUUGGCGAGUUGGUGGCUGCUAGUACUAGCGGAAUGUUUACCAAGUGUGCAGUCGGUCAGUUCGAGUGUACGAACGGAACUUCUAUCAAGGAUGGUGGAUCGUGCAUCCAGAAAUCCGAGCGAUGUGACUCUGUGUCACACUGCUCGGAUAACUCGGAUGAACAGGAUUGCGAACUGUUGGGCUGUCCGGGACACUUCCAAUGCCAGGACAAAUUCUGUCUAGCCCGGCAGCAUGUCUGCGAUGGCAUAGCACAUUGCAACGAUGGUAGCGAUGAGAUGGAUUGUGAUCGGUGGGAGUGUAAUUUUGACGAAAUUUCAUGUCACCCGGAAAGUGGCCAUGGUCCUUGCUUGCCGGCUCAGUGGAAGUGUGAUGGACUCGAACAGUGCCCGAACGGUUUGGAUGAAUCGAACUGUCCGGAUACAUGUACGAACGAUGAAUACUUUUGUGUGAGACAGCGAAAAUGUAUUCCGGAAGCGUGGCGGUGCGAUGGAAAGGCGGACUGUAUUGACGACGAAGAUGAACGAUUGUGCGACUGCCCAGUGGAUCAGUUUAGAUGUAAUACAGGAGGUUGCGUUCCCGUUGAGCAGGUGUGCGACGGUCAAGCGCAGUGUCCCGAUCUAUCAGACGAGUGGGGAUGUUACAGUGUGGAGGGUGGAGAGCUGAGGGUUCGUGUAGAAUCGGAACUGUUGAGACCGGUUUGUGGAGAGCGCUGGACGAAGGAACUUUCCGACACCGUGUGUGCUGGAUUGGGCUUCUCGGAAGCCAAGUCAUUCACGAUCUCAAAUGAAACUAGGAAAUACUCGUACUAUCAAUACAAAAACGUGAGCAGCACCAAUUUGCUAGGAAAUUUGGCGUUGUCGACAAACUGCACCGUCGGGUUUGUGAACAUUGAAUGUGAAGAAUAUCGUUGCGGCCGCGAGAGCAUCACACCCACGUGGGAACAACGAAUAGCUGGAGGUGUUCAAUCUGAUCCAAAUCAGUUGCCAAGUUUGGCACUAGUCUAUAGCAAUAAUGCAGCUAUCAGGUGUACUGCUAAUAUAGUAUCUCCUCGAUGGGUCAUCGCCAGUUACUCGUGCAUCAUGGGCAAAACUGAGUUUAUCAACAACCGGAAUGUGGCCGAAUUGAACUGGAUGCUAUUUGCCGGAACUUCGCGGUUCAAUUCUUCGCUGGUCUCCGGAAACGGGAAAAACAGUUCCUACCAGGUGGUAGAGGUUCGAAGAAUUGUACCUUAUCCACAGGCCAAAUACAAGCAAUUCCUCUACACCGGCGACAUUGUCCUUCUGGAGCUUAGCAAGCCGCUGCGGUUGAACGAAAUGAUCGGUAGUGCAUGUCUAACGCAAAGUGCAACGAUUGAUUCGGAGCAGCUGUGCCUGACUGCCGGUUGGGGUUCCGAUCCGUCUCAAGUGAUCAGCACAGAACAGUACCUCAAAUAUCUGCCGGUACCUUCGACCCCCACCGAGUUGUGCAAUUCCAGCCAGCACUACAACGGUUUGCUACCCGAAGACGCUAUCUGUGCGGGAUACCUAAGCAGCAACAAAACUACCUGUUAUAACGACGAAGGCGCCCCACUGAUGUGUCACAUCGAAAGCAGCGGCCAGUGGCAACUAGAGGGUAUUCUGAGCUAUCACGGUAACUGCGGAAAGCGCCCACAUCCGGCCAUCUACAACUCGAUUACCUCCAACAUCUCGACCUGGAUUCGGAACACCGUUGGCAAUGGUUUGAUGUUUGACAGGGCUAGCAACGGGCCCAAUGGUGCCGGUACGGGAUCUACGAGCGUCGACCGGCCAGCCAAGAAGUGAGAACAGAAACCAGUAGCUUACCCUUGUUAUUUUUGUAAAUAUUGCGUGCAUUGUACAGUGUUUUACGGAACAGAGUUAGGAUUUUUUUUAAGGGAGACCAGAAGCAUUCAAAUUUUGUAUUUAUAGAUAGGCAGUAGCAGUUUAACUAUGAGAGUAUAAUUCUGUGUUUCGUGGUGAGAGAAUGUCUGAUGAGAAAGUAAAACCUAGUCACAAAAGUCGAUUAUUUUGUGCCAAUACCUGAGAAGAAAGGAAGUUAUCGCGAAGUCUCAUGAAAUGAAGACGAAGCAUUUUGAGCAAUUUUUUUUAAACAGGAGCAAAAUUAACCGUUCUGGGCUGUUUUGUGCGUUACCAAUAGAGCGAGAAAAUGGCGGGAGACUGUCAGGACGAACUGUCACGUCGGACUCUUAAAUCUCUGCUUGUGUGGUGUUUUUUUUUCUUCGUAACUAGAAUUAUAAGAAAAAAUGUCACUUGUAAAUAUGACACUGACCGAUACUUAUUCCGAUUCAAUUAGAGAUGGAAAACCACAAGCAUUCCGCUUUUUUUUGUUUUGUAAGUAGUUUUGUAGAAGUAGAGACAUUUGAAUUGCAAUCUUAGGUCGUAGGAUAAUUAUCGAAUUACCCUCAUUUCCAGCGUACAGUAGAACAUCGUAAUACCCCUGAAUUGUGCACUUUUUCAUGAAUACUCAAACAGAAAAAACAAAUAUGAUUAUUGCUUGUGGAGGUGUAAUGUGGAGAAGUAAUUCUACCGAACGAUGUAUAAUUUGAAAUGUAAGCGAACGAGGUUCAAUAAAGCAAACAAGCUACUAUUUUUAUUAAA